CCAAAACAAGCGGACGCAGUUUCUUCUGUUAUGAAAACUCGUGAAUGAAAGGUUGAGUAACAGCCACCUCUUUGGCGUUAUACAAUACCAUGUGGAGACCCGAACGGCGGCCCUUCGUCUAGCAAACACGUCCCCGGAAAGUAUCUGUGACUCCAGGAGAGACAGAGGGCAGCAUGGCGAAGCGGAGACAGUGCAAAGAGACGGUGGCCGAUACAAAGAAACAGAGGCAGGUGCAGAAAGUGGAGGGCAAAGGAGCAGGAACAAGAGCCAAGAAGAAAAAUGCAGAUCUCCCCGAGAAAGAGGAAAAGCUUCAGAGGAAGGUCAAUCCUAAAUCGCGAUUGCCUUCCAAACGAGCUGCACGGAAAUGCUCUCCCUCCAAAUCCAACCCCAGCUCAGAUGCCAAAACCAGUAAAUACUUCCAGUCUCCAGUUAAGGAAGAGAGCGACAGUGAAAAUGACUUCGACAUGGUGACCUCGCCACCACCUAUAAACAAAGCUAAGCUAAGCACCAAAAAAUCUGAAGAAGAGUUGGAGGACGAUGAUGAAAGCGAGGAUGAAGAUGACUGGGAAGAGGUGGAAGAGCUAGCUGAGCCGAUGGGUCCAGUUGAGCCGCCUGAGCCCACCCUGCCGUCCCAGCCUGUAGAGAUCGAGAUUGAAACUGCAGAAGCAAGAAAGCAGAAGAAGAGGAAGGCGGAGUUUGAGACUUACCUGAAACGAAUGAUGAAGAAGUAUAAGAUGGACCUGCUGAUGGACACACACAAGGUUCACCUCAUGUGCCUUCUAGCCAAUGGGAUGUUCCGCAACAGGUUGUGCAGUGAACCAGACCUGCUGGCCAUCACCUUGUCCCUGCUGCCCCCCCACUUCAGCAUGGUAGCCAAAGAACGUAUCGACCAAGGCUACCUCUCAGGAUUGCUCAAAUGGUUUAGAGCAACGUUCACCCUCAACCCCAGUCUUCCCUGUGAGGAGCGUCAGAAUCAGCGAGCCCUCCUGGAGAGGCAGCUGGGGAGCCUCUCAGCCAGAGACCACCAGGAGAUGACUCAUGUCGGUAGCUUUUCCACUAGAAUUAAACCUGCCCGUUCAGGUGGAGGAAUAACGACGUUCCUCUUUGUGCUGCAGCUUUUCCUGCUGGUGCUGAAGUCUCUACAGCUCUUCUGUCGACUGGUUCUCUCUCUGCAGCCGGUUUCUUUUAAACCCUCAUCAGCCAAGAGUAAAGGCGCAACAACAUCCUCUGGUGCCCCAAAAAAGGGCCAGAAAAGCCAAGAAAGCUCCAAGAUCAACUCCCCAGAGCAGAAGGUGUCACCAGGCGGCAAAAGGCCAGCAGGCCAGAACAUGAAGGGUGGCAGAGGAGGAAAGAAGGCAAAGAGGAAAGAAAUGAAGGUGGAGGAGGAAGAGAAGCUUGUGCCAUCAGGAGGGCAGAGACCAAAGAACUCGAAACGCCGCAGCGUGGCCUCAAAGGUCAGCUACAAGGAGGACAGCGACAGCGAGAGAGCAGCAGGGGACGAGGACUUUACAGAUACGGAGUUUCAGGGGACCAGCGAGGACGACAGCGAGGAUUCAGAGAGAGGGGCGGCGCCGAGGAAGGGGAAGAAAGGGAAACGGAAAGAACAAGGGGAGGCCAAAGAGACGAGCAAGAAGAAGCCAGCGACUGGAAAAAGAGGGAGCGGCGGCGGGAAGAAAGUCCAGGUGAAAGACGAAGAGGACAGCGAGUGUGAGGCAGGGGAAGAGGAUGACGACGAAGUCACUGGCGGCGGGACAAAAAGGAGGAGUGGAAGGAAGGAGGGGCCCGGAGCGGACGAAUGGCUGGAGGUGUACCUGGACAAAGCCUCGUCCUGGGUCUGCGUGGACGUGGAGCACGGAGUCGGAAAGCCUCAUCUCUGCUCCCAGAAUGCCACGGCGCCCGUGAGGUACGUGGUGGCCGUGGACGGAGACGGCUUUCUGAAGGAUCUGGGGAGGAAGUACGACCCCACCUGGAUGACGUCGUCCCGGAAGAGGCGGGUGGAUGACGAGUGGUGGGAGGAAACCCUUGAGCCGUUCUUGGGACCAGAGGACGAGAGGGAUAUUAAGGAGGAGAAGGAGCUCCAGAACAAGCUUCUGAACAAACCCCUGCCGACCUCUAUCGCCGAGUACAAGAACCACCCUCUUUAUGUUUUAAAGAGACACCUGCUGAAGUACGAGGCGCUCUAUCCCGAAACGGCCUCUGUGCUGGGGUACUGCAGGGGAGAGCCGGUGUACUCCCGGGAUUGUGUGCAUACCCUCCACUCCAGAGACACGUGGCUGAAAGAGGCGCGGACUGUCCGCCUCGGAGAGGAGCCCUACAAGAUGGUUAAAGGCUUUUCUAAUCGGUCGCGAAAGGCCCGGAUGAUGUCCGAAGCUAAGGACGAGAAGGACCUGCCUCUGUUUGGGGACUGGCAAACCGAAGAGUAUCAACCACCAAUAGCCGUGGAUGGGAAGGUCCCUCGCAACGACUACGGGAACGUGUACCUGUUUAAAGCCUGCAUGCUGCCGGUGGGCUGUGUCCACCUCAGGCUGCCCAACCUGCACCGAGUGGCCAGGAAGCUCAACCUGGACGCUGCACCCGCAGUGACAGGCUUCGACUACCAUGGAGGAUACUCCCACGCCGUGACUGAUGGUUAUAUUGUGUGUGAGGAGGAUGAGGAGAUUCUCAGAGCUGCCUGGGUGGAAGAACAAGAGAUUCAGAAGCAGAAGGAAAAAGAGAAAAAAGAGAAGCGAGUGAUCGCCAACUGGACACUGCUUACAAAGGGGCUCCUGAUCGGAGAGAGGCUGAAACAGCGCUACAGUAAAAAGGGCCAGGGGCUCGCUGCUCAGGGAAACGACGCUGGAGGCUUUUCCUCUGACGAGGAAGAGGUCGAGGGUGGCUGUCCUGAUGCUAAGACGGCUUCCGAGACUCUCGCAAUGUCCUGGCCCCAAAACAGGCAAGCGGAGGAGGACGGUGGGAGUACUACCAGACCGAAGAGGAAGAUAACAAAACGAGAGAAAAAGGGUCAGGAGCAGCACUUGUUCCCCUUUGAGAAAGUGUGAUGUCGGAGAUCAAAACCAAGUUAAAAAUUUUAACGAUUCUGUCAGCCAAGCACUUGACUUACUGCUAUUAUAUUUGCUACUUAAGAUGUUUACAAGCCGUCAGAGCAGGAAUAUUCCACAUGAGCGGAUUCAAGAGCUCUUAAAUCGUUUUAGGAAAACUGGCCAGCAUGAGAACAGUAGCAAUGGAGGAAGGAAAAGGAGGAACAUUUCCUCCAGCUGUGAGGCUGAAUGAAUAAUACCUGCUGUUUUUACACUGUUUCUGUGACUGUAGUCUCAGAUACUGUAUUUUUGUACGAGAACACUACGAGUAAAUGGAAAUAUGCAUACUAUACAUGUAGUCAGUAUUUUCAGUAUCCAGUACAAUUCUGUUUGCCGCAGAGAGAACAAACUCUGCCUGAAUGUGAGAAGUGUCCUUACAGUUGUAUGUCGGUGUGAAAAUUCACAUAAACCCCCCCCAUGAUCAUUUUAGCUGAUGCUGUACUGAGAUAUUAUAGUAAAAACACGAUGCUGAUGGGAAUUGAUUAUGUUGCUAAAAAAACAAAAACAAUACACAGUGUUCCAAUUGCACUGCAAAUAACACAAACAGUUAUUUCUGAUGGAUCUGUUCUUUCUGUUAAAAGCCUUUUAACCCCAGAUUGCCACAUCUAUGUAACUGGUUUAGACCUGUUUUUAUCAGACAGGAAAGCCCUUGUUGAUCAUGAAAGCCUCUUCAUGAGGGUGCAGUGUCAAAAUAACUCAAACAUAAAUUCAGUUUCCAACUCUUUGUUCAGUCGUGAGUUCUCCCAAGUUCCUCUUUUAAACAUUCCAGGAGGAUAACUGUUUUCAACUCUUUGUGUUUCCAUGUGCCACUCCAACCCCUCCCCAUUUCCCCUUUUCUCUUUAUAUUUGUGUUCACACUGUGCUAAUGGUCGCUACAUAUAAAGUAUUUUUGUAAGAAAUGUUUCAUGAGUAAAAGCUGAACAACUCAAA